GAACACAACACAACACAACACAACGCACCAAGAGACUCGGAGCUGAAAAACUCGAGCUACUUUCUUCUUCUUCUUCUUCUAGCUUUUUCUUUUUCUUCUUGUUCUUGAUCUUUCUUCCGCUAAAAUUCAGAUCCAGAUCGAAACAAUGGCACUCGAUCUCAUGGCCGCCGCCGGGAGGACGGCGUCCGGGGCGGAGCUGGCGAAGGCGGCAAGCUUGCCUAGCAGGGCGUACGUGACGUUUUUGGCCGGCAACGGCGACUACGUCAAGGGCGUGGUGGGGCUGGCGAAGGGGCUCCGGAAGGUGGGGACGGCGUACCCGCUGCUGGUGGCGGUGCUGCCGGACGUCCCGGAGGAGCACCGCCGCAUUCUGGUGGAGCAGGGGUGCCUGGUCCGGGAGAUUGAACCGGUGUACCCGCCUGAGAGCGAGACCCGGUUCGCCAUGGCCUACUAUGUCAUCAACUACUCCAAGCUCCGCAUCUGGGAGUUUGUGGAGUACAGCAAGAUGAUAUACUUGGACGGAGACAUACAGGUGUUUGACAACAUAGACCACCUGUUUGACCUGCCGGACGGCCACUUCUACGCCGUCAUGGACUGCUUCUGCGAGAAGACAUGGAGCUUCUCGCCGCAGUACAAGGUGGGGUACUGCCAACAGCUGCCGGAGCGAGUGCCGUGGCCCAAACACAUGGGCCCGCCGCCGUCGCUCUACUUCAACGCCGGCUUCUUCGUCUUCGAGCCCAAUCUCUCCACCUACCACGAUCUCCUCUCCACUCUGAAGAUCACUCCCACCACCUCCUUCGCCGAACAGGAUUACUUGAAUAUGUUCUUCAAGGAUGUGUACAAGCCCCUGCCGCCGUGCUACAACCUUGUUCUGGCAAUGCUCUGGCGCCACCAGGAGAAGAUCGAGCUCGACAAAAUCAAAGUCGCCCAUUACUGUGCUGCUGGGUCGAAGCCGUGGAGGUACACGGGAAAGGAGGUGAACAUGGACAGGGAAGACAUAAAGAUGCUGGUGAAGAAGUGGUGGGACAUUUACAACGAUGAAUCUUUGGAUUACAAGAACACCGUGUCCGCGGCGGAAGCAGGGGGUGGUGUUGAUUCUGCAAAACUUCGGGAGGAAGUCAGGGCGGCGCUCUCUCUCCGCCGCCGUGUCGCCGCCCCCUCCGCCGCCUAGACCUUCCACUUAACUAAGUUGUAUAGGUUUUUAAGUGAAAUUUGUCUAGCCUGCUCAUCAAAUGUGUAUGUGACCAGGCAGACUGUAUCGGAUAGAUUAGCCCAACCCCACUUUUUUUUUUUUUUUUCUUUAAGAAAAUUUUCAUAUAUGUUUAAUUCUUGGAAUAUAUUAAUAUAUUUUCUCAUAUUUUUAUUAUAAAAAAAUAUAUAUUUUAUAUAAUUUGAUUUGAUAUUAAAAAUGAGAAAAACUUAUAUGUUGGAAGAAUAUGAUAUCUCCUUCCCUAAAA